AAAUAUUGACAAAUGGCAUCGUUUGAAUUGUUUCUAACGAUGGCGAUGAUGUUUUCAUUCCGGGAAGUUCUUGCUUAUCAUACAGUGAUGCUUUAACAUGGUCUGGGGUGCAACAGUAACACAACAGUGACCUCGUGAGCUCUAUGUCCACCCCCACCUGGCAGGGUUACCCACAGGAAGCUCAGGAAAUGGUCAUCGCCAUAGGCCUAUGGAGGUGCGGCCAGCAGAACAGUGGCCGCACCCAGCCCAAGAAUUGGGGGAAUUCUUUAAAAUCUGACACACCAGAACAAGAAACGUAAGAAUUUUGCAAGAUUUUGGGUCAGUUCUUACUCGGUCUCGGGUAAUUCUUGGUUCUAGUCUCAGUCCGCGUUGUAAACUCAUAGAAAUAGCAUCCGUGCGCUUGUGUCAUGUUUUCAGCACUACAGUGUCACUUUUUGUGCUUUAACCCGCUAGCAGCGACGGGUCAGAUUUGUGGCUUUACCGUGUAGCAGCGACGGGCUAAAUUUGUGGCUUUACCAUGUAGCAGCGACGGGCCAAAUUUGUGGCUUUACCGUGUAGCAGCGACGGGCCAAAUUUGUGGCUUUACCGUGUAGCAGCGACGGGCCAAAUUUGUGGCUUUACCGUGUAGCAGCGACGGGCCAAAUUUGUGGCUUUACCGUGUAGCAGCGACGGGCCAAAUUUGUGGCUUUACCGUGUAGCAGCGACGGGCCAAAUUUGUGGCUUUACCAUGUAGCAGCGACGGGCCAAAUUUGUGGCUUUACCGUGUAGCAGCGACGGGCCAAAUUUGUGGCUUUACCAUGUAGCAGCGACGGGCCAAAUUUGUGCCAUGAUAUAAACCCCCCAAAAUAGAUGAUACAUAAUCUGAUCACAAAUGCUUUGAUAUAUAUAUUAUGAAAUGGUUUGUGUGAGUGAUGAUUUCUCCUCAUUUUUCUUGCUUAGAGGGACCAUUAAGAAACAUGAUCCCCGCUGCUACUGGGUUAAUAAUGUCUAUGUUCCAAUAUGCUGUAUGUUGACAUGUUCGUCCUCCCCCACAGAGUGUUAGGAGUGUUGUCCGUGGCCAGGUCCAGGCACGAUGCUUCCACGUCUCUGCUGAUCUCUACGGCCCAGAAGGUGGCCAUGUCCCACCUGGACCCUGGCUCGGAGAUGCCCUACCCCAAGCUGCAGGCCAACUUAGAUAUCGUCCAACAAAGGCUGAACCGCCCUCUCACCCUCUCGGAAAAAGUGCUGUACUCUCAUCUGUCCGAUCCUUCAACCAAGAAAUCGUCCGAGGUGAGUCCCACUACCUCAAGCUCCACCCAGACCGCGUUGCAAUGCAGGACGCCACAGCACAGAUGGCCGUGCUUCAGUUCAUUAGCUCUGGACUGCCCAGGGUCACCGUACCAUCAACCAUCCACUGUGACCAUCUUAUUCAAGUACAGAUCGAUGGCCCUCAGGAUCUCCAGCGAGCCAUUGAAAUCAGCAAAGAGGUCUACAAUUUCCCGGCUACUGCUGGGGCCAAGUAUGGAGUUGGAUUCUGGAAGCCUGGCUCUGGGAUUAUUCAUCAGAUCAUUUUGGAGAACUACGCUUUCCCCGGGCACUGAUUCUCACACGCCCAACGUAGGUGGUCUUGGAGGCCUGUGCAUUGGUGUGGGUGGUGCCGAUGCUGUUGAUGUUAUGGCCGACAUUUCCUGGGAGCUGAAGUGCCCUAAGAUUCAGAGGAAGAAGAAGAGGAGGAAGAGAUAACAAGAGGAACAGAAGAAGGAGAAGAAGAAUCUCUCUCUCUCUCUCUCUCUCUCUCUCUCUCUCUCUCUCUCUCUCUCUCUCUCUCUCUCUCUCUCUCACACACACACACACACAGUAAAACACACAAUUUCUUCAUAAUUUCAAAAACUUUAUUAAUAUAUAUUUUGACAACGUUCAAUCAGGCUCCACAGACUGGCUCCUCCCCGAACCCUUCUGUGGGGGUAUAAUUUGAGCCCCAUAGAAGGCCGGGGGAAGAUCUCGCCAAUGGAACCUUAUACACAGACAUACAUAUAUAC